CGCUACGACACAAUUUCUGGGCGGACUGUAUACAAACCAACGUGUUUGAAUGUGCGGAAGAGAAUUAUUCUUAUUAUUUAGAUAUAUUUAGUUUAGAUAUUAACUUAUUCAAUUCGAAUAUUGCUGUUGGUGCAAUUUACCACGUAGCUAUCGAAGGGCUUUCAAAAGGUUAGCUGUCUGUGUAGAAGGCUAACACCACACAUGACAUUCAUUCGUAAAUAGAGCAUCCCAAUGCUAAUUAGUACAGCGAGCAGAUUUGGUGUUUGGUGCUGUGCUCUUACACCUUCGGUCCGUCUUUUCUCCAGAUCCAGUAACAUGGCCAAAAGUAAGUUUGAGUAUGUGCGCAACUUCGAAGCAGAUGACACCUGUCUGCGGAACUGCUACAUUGUCGUGAGACUGGAUGGUCGCAAUUUUCACAAGUUUGCAGAGCAGCACAAGUUUGCAAAGCCCAAUGACGACAGGGCCUUGGGGCUGAUGAGAAAGAGCGCACACUCUGUCAUGGAAGAACUGGAGGAUAUUGUCAUUGCCUAUGGCCAAAGUGAUGAGUUCAGCUUUGUUUUCAAGCGAUCUUCUACCUGGUUCAAAAGAAGAGCCAGUAAGCUCAUGACCCACGUCGCCUCCCAGUUCUCCUCCUCGUACGUGUUUUACUGGAAGGAGUUUUUUGAGAAUCAGCCCCUCCUGUACCCUCCGGGAUUUGACGGACGUGUGGUCCUAUAUCCAAGCAAUCGUAACCUUAGAGACUACCUUAGCUGGAGGCAGGCAGACUGUCACAUCAAUAAUUUGUACAACACACUGUUUUGGAUGUUAGUGCAAAGAAAAGGACUCAGCACAACACAGGCAGAGGAUCGCUUAAAGGGAACAUUGGCUGGGGAUAAAAAUGAGAUCCUCUUCACAGAAUUUGGUAUCAACUACAACAAUGAAUCUGCCGUCCACAAGAAAGGUACCACCCUCAUCUGGGAAAAGCGAGAUGAGACUAUCAUUAAACGCAUAAAGCUGCCAAAUGGGGAGGAAAAGGACAUGCCCGUCACACGCAGCAGGAGGAGGGUAGAGGCCUACCAUUGUGACCUUAUAGGAGAGCAGUUCUGGGAGGAGCACCCAGACAUCCUGGAGGAUGACAACUGCUAACCGAACUUUUCCUGUUGAAAGAGAACAACUCUGAAUGCAUCUGACCUCAGAGGUAGAAGCGGACCCUUUUAAGCAGCGACUCCAGAGCUACAGCUUUAUAUUGACUUUGUGUCAAAUGACAUGUUACCCAUGAAAAUCCUAUGUAUUCUUACUUUCAUAUAUAAAAAUGUUCCUAAGAUGGAGGAACUUCCCUCCUUUGACUGCAUAAUGAUGUCUGUCAUCUUUAAAGAAAAGCAGAUUGUUUGAAAA